UGUAAAGUGAAUCGUGAAUGAAAGUAGUGUCGUGUUUAAGAUUUAAAAAUUGUGCAUUAUUUCGACGAGAAAAUCUAUCCUGAAGCAAAAUUGUGGAUGUAUUUAGUUCCAAAGCAUCGCUUUCCCCUAAAAUUCUGUGGAAAUUGUGAAAAAUUGAGCGAAAUGCAGCAACAUUGGGCGAUUGAAAAUCGCCUUCAGUAAGACGAAAGUUUGCUAUUGCAGCAUUUCUGCAAUCCAUAAGUAGCGCUAGCAUAGGCCCCAAUGUCGGAAGGCAACGAGAAAAAUGGUUUAUUUUUCUUCCUCGGCUGUCGCAUAUUAACAUUGAAUGCCAUUUCUAUUGUGUUGUAAGAAUUUAGUGUGGAAAAAAACUGGGGAAAUGGACCUUGGUGAAAGGUCGUCUCGUAUGCAUUUGUGAAAGAAAAGCAAGUGUUGUUCCAGUGCGUAGGAAGGUGAACGUCGAACGCAGCGCGAGAGAAAAUUAUGAAAUGAACCUUCGGCAAUGGGGUCGCAAACCUUGGAAAUACUACGACAAGGCGUGCUGGCCAGUUUGACCGGCGGUUGGUUCUACGACGUACAUCAGAAUGUGUUCUGCAAUGCAGUGCAUUUGUACAUCUGGUUGUUCCUGCUAUUCCUGCCUUUCAUCAUCUACAUGUAUUUUCCUACUACUGUGCUAGUAUGGAGCAUCUACUGCGUAUUGAUCGCGAUCAUCAUUAGCUUUUUCAAGUUCAUCAAUGUGGCUCUGCACCGAAUGUACGAUAAGGCUCGGACAAUGUCCGAUACGAACCUGAAGAAGCCAGUGAAACCAGCACGCGAGACUUCUGGAGAGGACGAUGCAGGUAUUGAGAUGCAAAUCAUUAGGACAGCGGAAGUUGUGGAAACACCUCCGGUGGACAUGUCUUCGCGAACUUCAGUCGAACGGCAUAGUGAUGAAAUAAGCUGUGCCAAUAGUGCUAUAUCAAUUGAUUAUCAGGAGCGGGUUGCCAGUACGAUUGAUCUGAAAGUGGAUGUGCAUCGGAAAAAUAGUUCCGAGUCCAGUGAUAGUAAUGGUGCUGGCAGCGUAUCAGCAGUCGAUGGUAGCAGCGGAGGGAAGUAUUCAAAAGCCGUAGCACUUGCUUCGAUGGCACAAACACUAUCGACGGAAACCUGUAGUACGUCAACUCAUAAACGCUCCUUGAGCACACCAAACCAAGGGAAAUCAUUAGAUUUGAGCACCGACAAUCAAGGCAAGGGAAGAGAAAAGGCUUUGGUUGAUGCAGAAGAUGGUGCUAUUGGGGGCGAUACGUCGAAGGAUGGUGGGAAAAAGAGUGCAACUCUGCGAAGGCACCAAUACAAAUCGAAACGGAAACAGCGUUUUAUGAACAGUCAGCUGCAAAGACAAAUCUCUCUGGACUCGGAAAAAAUCGGCAUGGGCAUUGCUGAUGAAGCGGCAACUGGAAGUGCCCAACUUCAGAGACAUUUGAGUUCGGAUGAUCAAAACAACAAAUCAAACACCUCACUGUUUCAUCAUCACCAUCAUCAUCACCAUUUGUUAGCCCUACAGAAUCUCGAUCCCGAUUUAUAUAUGGAUCAUAGUUAUACAAAAUCGGCAGUCCAACUGGCGGUUGAAAAUAUUCCCGGAGAAACUACGAGCAAGAUGUACCAGUUGCAGCAAUCAACCCCGAUUCGCCGUGAUUCGAAUAGCACAAUGUCAGCUCUGCAACUGCCAACCAUGGUAGGUAACUCUUUUGGAGUCGUCUCUGGGAAAAAUAGACGACAUUCUAAUGUAAAUGCUAGUGCUGCCGCCGCCGGCGUUCGUCCUUUGCCACGUUCAUUAACGUCAGUUCGACGAAUUAAAAGCGCAGCGCUAGAAAUCUGCAGUCCGUCUUCGAUUUCCAAUUUGGCCCCCACUCAUCCGAAUAGCGUCGAAGUGAUAGGAGGACAAACUCUUCGAAAUCCACAGCACACGGUAAUUCCGCCGCCUAGUAAAUGUCUUUCCCGAAAUCCACACCUUAACCUGUUCCCAAAAUCAAACGGAGAGAGCACCAUCGGUUUGAUGAUGUUGGCAUCUGCUGCGAACGCCAACUCCUCCAAUAUCGAACCAGUUUAUCCGAUCGCAGAGCAAGCCGAUGAAAGUACUCCAGUUAAGAAUCAGUCGGAAAAACCAGAAAAAAUCGUACUAAAUUUCGACUCGGACGAUGCCGGUGAAGAGGAUGACGAUGACAAUGACGAUGAAGAUGAUGACGAUGAUGACGAGGAUGAUGAUGAGGAUGACGAUGAAGCUAUCGAUCGACUACGAGGGGUUGUUAGUGAAGAUGAAGGGGUUCACACAAUUCACAUUCAUCGUCAUCACCAUCAUCACCAGUAUCCUGGCUCUUCCGGAAUAAGUCGGCAGCAUUCUCAACAAUCCAAUCCACCCUCGAACUCGCAAACAUCUCAACAGGGUACGGCAACCGAGGCAGAAGAUGUUGAACAGGAUACUGAGUCGGAUCUUGAGCAACCAGCAUUGCAAUCGACGGAUUCCGAUACGGAAAACAAUGCUGGCUCGCGUUCACCGCUACUUGAACCCCGUAAUCGAGCCCCGCUAGUGAUCGUGGAAGCUAAAAAUCCAUCAUGUAUCAUUCCCGCGGUCAGUACGAUUGAAGCAGGGAUCGCAUCGUUGAAGCUCUCAAAAUCGAACGAGAUGAUGAAAAAGUCCUCCGCUCAUACCAUCGAAGAUUCACCUGUAAAAACUGGCUUCGAAGAGAACGGAGGUCCUUCGUCUAGUGAUUGGGAACAGGCGAGUGCCAGUUCGAAAGAUUUACUUAUUACGAAAGAGCGACCUGGACAGUUAGGAAUGAGUGAAGGUGUUUUGACCAAAUCCACAUCCGUACCGGCGAACGACCCUACAUCCGGAUGUGUGCCAAGUGGACAAAAUAAAGGUCAAGAAAAAUGGUUGGAGUAUGAUGCUGCCGUUGAUGAAGAUAAUAUGUUCGCUGGAGGGGAGCCAAAACCGAAGAAAGACAACAGCAGAAAGGAGUUCGAAAAAGAAAAGAGUGGUUCAACAUCCUCUGACACGACCGUUGCCAUAACUCGUAACCUCGGAGCGAUUCCGAAAACUACAUCCAAUCGCAUCACCAGCCGUCGUUUAAGUGCAGAGGAAAACUACCCAAGCACCAGCAACAAGAUCUACAACCGGACUCUCUCGCAGAGGCUAUCGGCGGAGCGCAUUCCGGAGAAUGCAACCGCUGCUCCGUUGAUUACGUUUCUGAACUACCGCUCGGAGGUCCCUAUUCCGCCGAUCUACCUGCCCGGUAACAGUUCACUUUCCGAGCAGCAAACCUCGAGCUUCACAUCGUUUCGAAGGCCUAACGCGUACGGUUCGGAACGAAGUUACCGACAAAUACAAUGUCGUCUGCGGAUGUCCCGAAGUAAACAUCCGGUGGUAUCGAUGGAACCGAAUAGCGGAGCCGGCCCAAGUGGCAAUAAUGGUGGAUCGUUUCGAGACGAUGAUAAUAACAAUUAUAACUACUGUAUCGACUCGAUGGAUAAUCCAACGACGUCUAGCAGGAGCGUCGGUGGUUCCAGUACCAUAUUUCAUGAUCAAACAGAGGUGCCUUUAAAUUUAUUUGUAGACGAAUCGGAACGUUGGGUGCAAUUGAUUGAACGAGCAUCGCUUGAAGAUGCGAUCAAAGAACGAAUGGCGAUGAGUCGAGGUGGAGUAGGUGGCGUAGGACAUACGUGCGAUAAUAACAACACUUCGAUUAAUUCAUCCGGGAUCGACAAAGCAAUGGCCCCGACGGAAUAUAGUCUGUCCAGUGCACAAAGUGCAAUCGAUGUCGUACCGCGGUCAAUGUUUGGCGAGCCGCAGAUACGACCCAAGCGGUAUUAUAAGUUCUCCAUCAAUCUGUUAUGUUUGAAGGAGGUGAACAUUUCGAUGAACCGGUUGCAAUUGUUGGCAUUGUUUGAUCGUGAUACGAACUGGUUUCAAGUGGCACUGUCAAUCAUACUUUGUACCCUGGUUUCAUUGCUUGGUGCAACCGUACUGUAUCUAAAGUUCUAUGAGGAUCUCUAUGCAUUUAUCUUUUGCUUCGUAAUUGCUGGUAGCCAGUACUCGUUGCUGAAGAGUGUUCAACCUGAUGCUGCCUCGCCGAUCCACGGUUUUAAUAAGACUGUCACAUACUCGAGGCCCAUUUAUUUUUGUCUGUGCUCUUCAUUGUUACUGGCAGCGCAUCAUAUGCUUCGAGACUACCAAACAGGAACGGAAUCCGCUAGGGAUAAGGCCGCAUUAUUUGGAUUUCAAAUUUCCAUCAUCGAGUUUCUUCAGUGCACCCAAAGUAUACUGUCGGUAGUGAUACUGUUGUUUCCGUUUCUGUUUAGUUUGGGAUUAUUUCCACAAAUUAACACAUUCGCCAUGUACCUGCUUGAGCAGAUCGAUAUGCACAUUUUUGGCAGUAACGCAUCCUGUAGUCUGCUAUCGUCGUUUCUCUCCGUCCUUCGAUCGUUUUUAGCUUGUACAUUGCUGUUUGGACCAGCUUAUGGUGGACUUUCGGAAACCGGAACUCAGCAUGUUCUGUUUUCCAUGUUUUGUGCAUUUUUAAUUACGGUUUCCUACCACUUAUCACGAUGUACCAGCGAUUUUACCUACAUUUGGGCCAUUAUUAAAUCUAGCCUUAUCGUACACCCGGAUUAUGAUGAUAGCAGUAAAGAAGAUUCCAAAAUGUCAACCGAUUCGGAUGAGAACAAAAUGGCAGCUGAAAGUGAACAUCAGCGAUCGACUGACGAAAUACGCAAAGACUUGGAUGAAGAAGCAAACCGGGAAUGUACCAAGGAGCUUGAUGAUCCACUACCGAAAAAGCUGCAGUCAACGGUAACCGCUAGGUUGAAGAACGACGCAGUUGUUUGUGUGGUUCUGUCAAUCAUCAUCUUCAGUUUGCACUGCAGUACUAUUUUUACGGUUCUUCAGCCCGACAUUAACUAUGUACUGCAUACAGGGGCCUGUAUUCUGGGUUUCCUCAUCCAUUACAUCGUACCGCAACUUAGGAAACAUUUACCAUGGCUAUGCAUAGCGAAGCCCAUCCUUAAGCCCAAAGAGUUCGGUCAGUUCGAAGUGCAGAACUUGUCGAAAAUAAUGUGGUUCGAAACUAUGUACGUGGGAUUGUGUUUUUUCGAGCGCAACGUACUCUAUCCAUUGAUCUUUUUGAGUGCACUCACAGCUGACUCGGGGGCGAUCGCGCACAAAUUUGGCCUCACGGUGGGAACGACGCUGGUUGUUGUUAGCGGAUUAAAAUGUGUUCGAAAUGCAUACUCUGAUGUUGGCAGCCAAUAUAUCAUCUUGAUAUUCACCGUACUAUUCUUCCGGAUAGACUACAAACUCUCUAGUGAAACGUUUCUGAUCGAUUACUUUUUUGUUUCGAUUUUGUAUAGGAAAGUUAGCGAGUUUUUGCUGAAGCUACAAUUUGUUGUCACCUACAUUGCACCCUGGCAGAUAACUUGGGGCUCUGCAUUCCAUGCUUUCGCACAACCGUUCAGCGUGCCGCACUCCGCGAUGCUGUUUCUGCAAACUGCCAUUAGUGCACUUCUGUCGACACCAUUGAAUCCAUUCUUGGGAAGUGCCAUAUUUCUCACCUCAUAUGUGCGACCGAUCAAGUUCUGGGAGCGCGAUUACAAUACCCGCCGCAUCGACCAUUCCAACACUAGGUUAAGCUCACAGCUGGAACGUGACCUGGGCGCCGACGAUAACAACCUCAACAGUAUCUUCUACGAGCAUCUGACCCGAUCACUGCAGCAUUCGCUGUGCGGUGAUCUGCUGAUGGGUCGUUGGGGAAACGUUAGUCAAGGCGAUUGUUUUGGUAAGCACUACUUUUCAAUUAAAAGUUCGAUUCUAAUCCACUCUUCCAAAUACACAGUUCUAGCGUCAGACUAUCUUAACUGCUUAGUCCACAUCAUUGAGCUCGGUAAUGGGCUCUGCACGUUUCAGAUGCGGGGUCUAGAGUUCCGAGGCACCUACUGUCAACAGCGAGAAGUUGAGGCUAUUUCGGAAGAAGUUGAGGAGAAUAUUGGUUGUUGCUGUUGCACUGUUGGUCAUUUACCUCGGAUGUUGAGUGCCAAUGCCAUGUUCACAACCCGAUGGCUAGCGUGGCAGGUGAUGGCCUCCAAGUACGUUCUGGAGGGUUACUCAAUUUCGGACAAUUCUGCAACAGCAACACUACAGGUGUUUGAAUUUAGGAAGGUUUUAAUUUCUUACUAUGUGAAGAGUAUCAUUUAUUACGUUAUCCGCUCGUCAAAGCUUGUAAGCUGGUUGCAAUCGCAGGUGAUUGAAGAAGCUCUGGAACAUACUCUCGAUCGACAGUUUGUCGAUUUGGAUCCAGUGUUUACCCAUAACUUGGAUGACGAUUACGACUUCCGUUCGGCUGGAAUAACGCGUGCAAGUUUCUGGAAUGUGUACGGCGAAUGGAUACAGUUUUGCUGCGAAAAGAAGCGCCAACAAAUGCAGACUGCGUUAAGUGAAAAGAACACUCCGAAGAAGACACAGGAACCGGUGAGUACUGGUGGCGCACCAGGCACUACUUCUACAUCCACUGCAAAUAAUGGCACAGGAAAGGUAAGUGACGUUACGGCGAAAGAUCAAGGUGAAAGCAGUGAGAACCCCGGAGUAAAGCCAACGACUGAAGGGGAAUCCAGUUCUAACGGUGCUACAACAUCGAGUGCAGUUAACAAUGCCAAUGCUGUUCCCGGAAGUUCUAAUCAGCUGUUCUUUCAUUCGGGUCGCGAAUCUCUGGUCACUUCCUUGUGCAUGGCACUGGCUCUGUUGGCCAGACGAACGUUGGCUACCGCGAGUCACAGCUCAUCUUGCGGGGUGGAAUUUUUUCUCCAUGGCCUUCAUGCACUUUUUAAGGGAGAUUUCCGUAUCACUUCGACCAGAGAUGAGUGGGUGUUUGCCGAUAUGGAACUGCUACACGGUGUGGUAGCGCCAGCUGUACGGAUGUCACUAAAACUUCAUCAGGAUCACUUUUUGUGCCCGGAUGAGUACGAUGAUUACGGGGCACUGUUCAAUGCGAUCGACUACCAUACCAAAGAGUUGAUCAUUUCUCACGAAGCAGAUCCAUUAUGGCGAAACGCCGUGCUGAGGGGAACGCCUAACCUGCUCGCGUUGCGCCACGUAAUGGAUGAUGGAUCGGACGAGUAUCGAGUUAUAAGACUGAGUAAACGGUUCUUGAGUUUUCGUGUGAUAAAACUGAAUCGUGAAUGCGUUCGAGGGCUGUGGGCCGGUCAGCAGCAGGAGCUGAUCUAUCUCCGAAAUCGAAAUCCGGAGCGGGGGAGUAUACAGAAUGCGAAGCAAGCACUUCGUAAUAUUAUCAAUUCGUCCUGUGAUCAACCAAUCGGCUAUCCGAUUUAUGUUUCACCUCUGACGACAUCCUAUGCGGAGACGAAUCCGCAGCUCUGUCGGAUCAUCGGUGGUGAGAUAACGUUGGAAAAGCUGCAACACAUGAUAGUAAACUUUUGGAAUCGUGUGCGACAACGAUGUCGUGAGGGUUGCAGCAGUGGGAGUGCAAUAAUUGACAACGAAAUGGGUGAAUUUCAGGGGGUUUAUCCGACGCCAAACAAUACUCUUUCGGGCACGGCAGGGACGUUGUCCUAUGGCAGUCAGAACAUGUCACUUUCCGGCGCAGCCAACCGUGGUAGCCUAGCCAGUAUCAAUAAACCGACUAGUUCUACUUUGCUAGCUGGAUUCCUUAAUCGUGAACGGGAUUCUGAGCGGGAUACGCUACGAGAUCGUGCUGGUGUAACGAAACGAUGUAAUCUAAGCAGCAGCAGUAAAGAUCGAAUCGAUCGUGCUCUGGCUGCUAACAAAAGGGAAUCCUUCAAGGAAACACUUGCCAGCGGAAGCGGAAUUCCUGCUGGACCGGCAGGCAAUAGUAACAAUUCUAGUCUAAAACAACAGGAAAGUGUGGAAUCAACUUCAGGCAACGCGAAAAGUACCAACUCGUCAUCGAUGAAUCUAAACACGUUGAACGCAGCUGCGGUCGCUGGUUCUUCUGUUAUGUUUACUUUGUCUCCACCUGGGGAGAAUUCGUACACGAUAUUUUCCAUGACUGAAGCCUUGAGCAACGAGACGAUAGAUAUUGCUAUUGGGAAGGAUAAGAUUCGGGGGAGUGAAACCGAUGAACAUUCGUCCUCGCAGUCUCAAUGGGUCAAUGCACCACCGGCAAUUGGAUUAAAUCGAAAGGUCAUCAUAGUGGAUUCAGCUCAGAUUUACGACUGUCUCGAUCUGGGACGUCGCAUCGACGUUAUCUGGCCAAACGAGCAGUUCCGAAGUUGCGGCGGUCGCUCUUCCUGGAAGGACUGGCAGCCGCAGGAGGGAAUGGUGGGAAAUGUUAUCCACUAUUGGCAGCCAAACCAUCCGGACCACCAUUUCCGUUCCAAUGUGAAUCGAACCAUCCUAUUGUUAAAAAUUGGCGAACGUUGCGUACCGAUUGGUGAGAAAGGCGUCAAAGAGUACAACACCGUUGGUUUAGCAACUGGCCCGGUGUCGUCUUCAUCAGCAUCUGCCAUCGGUCCGAUUAGCCGUCAACCGUCGAUAGAAGUGCCAUCCGUUAUCACAGCUAGUUCGGUGAGUGAUUCUUUUACCAGAAGCUCUGGCGAGUCUGGUUUGGUAGCAGUUCGGGAUGGAACACAACACGAAACCGUGUGCUGUGAAGAGGAGAACAGCGAGGAUAGGCAAAAUGCAAACGAGUCUCCGACAAUUGCCUCAAUAUUGGCGCAGCUUUGAAGACAACCGUAGAAUUCUUGGUUGCAGUUGUUGUCGUGGAAGGAGGGUUAAAGAAGAAGUCAAACUCUUGUAACUAAAUUAUUUUCUAAUCCAUCCUUUGAGGAACAAAAUCAAACACAUUUCCAUAUAAUAGGUCGCCUUAUCACGUUCAUACUAAUGCGGGAAAUUAUUGUUUCAUGCACGCCGUCGUUAUGUUGCUUCUUCAGGGAACUAGGUAUUGUUCUGUUUAGUAGUCAAUAUUUUUAUGCUCUGUUUUUAUUUUGUCAUAAACCGCUACAAAGCAAACAAGCACGAAAAUGAUCGUUCGAUUGCUUUUAAGGAUACGAUCUUUAACGAAUGAAAAUGUCUUAUGGUAGGUAGGUAGUAUGAAUUACAGUCGUCAGCAAGAAGCCAAUAUAAACAAAAUCAUAAAUUCGGAAUAGCGCUGAUAGCACAGUUUCGAUCGUUGAUAGGAAAGGGGAGGGAAACUUUUUUUUAUUUUGUAUAAAUAUUCGCUAUUAAUUUUGUAGUGUGGGUUUUAAAUUAAAUUAUAUAAACUUUUAUCGCAGUAGCUAGGGACGCUAGCGUGUCACUAGUAGACAUUAUUUCCAGACAUAGAAUGCGUGACUGGGAAAGAAUGGAAAAGCUGAAGCGUGAAUGUUUCGAAGCGAUAAAAUAAAUACUGCAAAAGAUGAAAAUGUGAUAACUAAAAAUAAGAAAAUUUACCUAUUCUAGAUUUAUUAUGAAAAAUAAAACUGAACAUAAAGAGAUCGUUAAAUUAUUCAAAACAUAUGUUGCAGUGAGAUGAUAAAAAAAAGUUUAAAGUAUCACACAUAUAGGAAGGUUUAACGACAAAAAAAAGCUAUUACAAAUCACUCGUAGUUAGAAAUAUUAAUAAAGAAGAGGUUAAACAAAACUGUUAUUUAAACCGAAACAUUUCGAUUUGCGCUCUUAUUUAACGGAGAACUACUAGAAUAAUUAGCAUUUGGAUCGAAUGAUGACCCAAGUGAAGCUUAUCAUUUUGACAAAAUAUAAUUUUUACCGGGAAUGAUUGGACUCUAGCGAUAAAAUUUACUCUUACUCUUGCACAUGUGACCAAGCGAGAGGAGUGCAUCACUGCCCUGCAAUGUUGGUCGCCUUCGUAAGACAGAUAGAAACAAAAUGUGAGUAUGAUGAAUAUGGAAUCGAUCGAGUCUAAACGGGUAAAAAUUUCGCAAUAAAAUGCAGAAAAUUGUUUUUUACAAGAA